AAAAAUAAAAUAGCCCUUCAAAACACCUUUUCUUUCCUCAACUCUUCCCUCCUUCCAACCAACAGCACAGGGAGACAGAGUGGGGGGGGGUUUGGUCAGUUCAUCACCCAAGGUUUUCUUCCAAUGCUCAGGGAGAGGAGUCCCUCCCAUGGGAGACAGUUCUCCUUGAACUUCUCCAGUGUGGCUCCACUCUCACAAGCAGCAGUCCAACCAAAACUGCUGCAACCUGAGUCCCUCCCACAGGCACACAGUCCUCCCAAAACUGCCCUGGCAUGGGCCAUUCUUCCACAGGGUGCAGUCCUCCAAGGACAGGCCGCUCCAUCCUGGGAGCAGGGGACCACUCUCUUAACCGUGGCUGCCAUUGGAUCACAGCCUCCUCCAGACAUCCACCCAGUCCAGUGUGGGCACCUCUGAAAUGGGCUGUGGGUGGAUCUGUGCAUUCUCUGUGGAUCCCCAUGGGCUGUGCGUGGAUCUCUGCAGCCCUCGUGGAUGCCCAUGGCCUGCAGGGGAACAGCUCCUUCAUCAUUGUCUCACCACGGCCUACAGAGGAAUCUCAGCUCUUGUGCCUGGAGCACCUCCUCCCCCUCCUUCUCCACUCACCCUGGUGUCUCCAUGUUCUCUCCCUCACAUGUUCUCACCUCCUCCUCUUCUCUGGCUGGACUUAAAACCACACCCUGCUUUGUUUUGAUUUUUCUUCUUUAAUAUGUUCUUGCAGAGGUGUUACCAACCUCUCUAAUUGACCAGGCUGUGGCCAGCAUCACGUCCAUCAUCAGAGCCAUCAGGACUGGAUCUGCCAGGCAUGGUGGAAGCUUCUAGCAGCUUCUCACAGAAGCCACCUCUGUGGCCCCCCCAUACCAAGAACCGGGCUGCGCAAAACCAACAGCCCAAGCCCAUCAGUGCCAGCUCUAUCAGCUUCUCAGGCUCUUCCCAGGACCUUCACCCCUGGCAGUAAUCAGAAGUGCCCUGCCAUCCACAGCAAGCUUGUGAAACACAUGGGAAACCCAACAGAGAAAAGGAUCAGCUUGGACUCUGCCUUAUUUCAUGCCUGAGGACUGUUGCAUUCCAGCAGUUCUAUCAGUGCUGGGUCACUGGGGAGGUCCCACAUGCCUGGAGUUUGGCCAUUGUGACACCAUCCCCAGGAAGGGCUGGAAGGAGCAUCUGGGGAACUACAGGCAUGUCCACCUGUCCUCGCUUCCCAGAAGGGUUAUGGAGCAGAUUGUCCUGAGUGUGGUCACACGGCACAUACAGGAUAAGCAAGGCAUCAGUCCCAGCCAGCAGGGCUUUAGGAAAGGCAGGUCCUGCCUGGCAAACCUGAUCUCCUUUGAUGACCAGGAAGAAGACAGAAGGAACAGUACAGCUGCCUGUUCUGAGACUCUGCUUCAAGGGGAGCAAGAGCCCUUCUCUGAAAUCCUCCCACGAUGCUGGGGCUGCUGCUGCUGCUGCAGGUGUUGGCCAGCUGCCUCUGGCUGGGACACGGCGAGGUGGUGACAUCCUUCACAAGCUGUCCUCAGUUCUUCUAUGCUGGGACCACCCCAAAUGAAGUCCUGAAUCCAAAGAACCCAGCCUGGAUCUGUCAGCGCUACAUGAACUCAUAUCACUAUGCCACCCUGUAUGACAGAGACAGGAGAAUUCCAGUGUACUCAGCCUACAAAUACAAGCCUGGAGAUGCCACGAGACCUCACUCGUGGUGGUUUGUUGAGCCCCAGCUCAUAGGUAAAAGUAGUCUUAAGGAGAUGGAAAAAGAGUCGGUCCUCAUAGAGCAACAAAAAUUCACUUUAGACCAAAUCAAAGAGAGCCAGGCUGUCCUUGAUGACUACAAAGACCUGAAGGAUUUGGACCGUGGCCAUUUGAGCCCCAGUGGCCAUCAGGAUAGUAGUGAAGGCAAGAUGGCUACCUUCACCCUCACCAACAUAGUGCCCCAGGACAGCAGUCUCAACAAUGGCCAGUGGAACGCCUACGAAUUUAAAACAAUGAACAAAAAGACCAAGGACUGUACAAGCACCUACGUUGUCACGGGUGCUGUGCCUGGGAACACCUACGUCUCCGAAGGCAGGGUUAACAGACCCAGCCACAUCUGGUCAGCUGCCUGCUGUCUGGGGGACACAGGGCCCAAAGAUGCUUGGGGGGCCAUCGCUGAGAACGACAAGAAUGAGGUGGAGGUCCUCAGCCUGGGGGAGCUGGAGAAGAGGUUGACCAAUCUCUACGGGGGAAUGGUUACUCUGUUCAACAAUGCCUGUCCCCGGGAACAAAGCUCACAUCCUCAUUAGAAGAGGCUUGGUGGCAUUUCCACAUGUCCUAGAAUCACAGAAUCACAGAAUGAGUUGCUCUUGAUGAGACCUUAGGAAUCACCUCAUUCCGACCUGCCUGCCAUGGUAAAGGACACCUCCCGCUACACCAGGAUGUUCCAAGCCCUCCCCAGCCUGGCCUUGAACGCUUCCAGAGAUGGAGCAGUCAAAACAGCUCUGGGUAACUUUUACUCAUACCACAGCCUGCUCAGGGUAAUUUACUUGGUUAUAAUAUCCCAUCUAGCCCUGCCCUCCAUCAGUGUGAAACCAUUCCCACUUCUCCUGUCACUCCAUACCCUUGUCCAAAGACCCCCUCCAGCCCUCAUCGAGGUCCUUUAGGUAAGGGACAAAUGUCCUCUGCAGCGUCUGUGCUGCUUCCUUCUCUGGUGUGUUUCCAGCUCUGUCCCUCAGGGCACCUCCUCCUCUGCUCAAAGGCACAAAGCUGUGGGCAGAGCCUCCAGCUGCUUUGCUUUGCUGCCCCUCUCAGGAGAGAGCUCUCAGGAACGGGUCCUCUGCUCCUCAGCUGUCCCCGAGAGUGUGCAGCUGACUUGUCCCUCACCUCCUUAGCAAGGCUGUGGGACCAGGGCACCUCACGCUGCCCAGAGAUCUUUUCUGGAGAUCUCCAUGUCUGCAGAUACCCAAACCCCAACAAUACAUGGUGAUGGACAACCUGCUCUUGCUGCUCCUGCUGGAGCCUGGGGUCUGCACUAGAAGAUCCUGACAAGUCCCUCCAAAAGACAACAAUUCAGUGAUUCUGUGAUCCUGGGACAUGCUUUUGGUUGCUUGCUUUGGAAACUGCACCUUGAGAGCAGCAGCUGUUGUAUCAGACAGGCAGGCUUCGGCCUCAGACACAGAGAAAGCUUUGAGCAGCCAAAGCUAAAUUCCUGUGGUGCACUCCUUGGACACCUUCAUCCUCUGCUCUGCUUCUGAAGCUUUUCUGCAGAUUUACGGGAAAUUGAUUUGGGCAAAUGUAUUCAAUGGUUGUCAAAGAUCAAGGUGUGCCACAUCAUGUAGUUUGCAAGAGCUUGCAAUAAAAGUUCCUUGCUGCAGUG